AUAAAUAAAAUAGUAAUAAAUAAAUAGUAAUAAUAAUAAAACCUUGUUGAUCAUGGUACUAGAUCUUUGUUUCUUACUUGAUUUUUGACUACUUGUUCUGUAGACUUCUAAAGGUAAAGUUUCCCACGAAGCCAUGGAUUUGUUUUCUCCUUAUAAUUCUCAGUUUUUGUAUUACACAUUUCAGUCUUAUGUUACUAGGCACACACAAGCAUAAGGCUAAACUGAUUAGUAGAUUGAGUAUUUUAUCACUAUGAAAUAUUAUUUUUUGUCUUUUUGAGUAACAGUGAUUAUUUUUGCCUUAAAAUGCGUUUUGUCGAAUGGUAAGAUUGCUUGUACCACUUGCUUUCCUUUUCCUGGCAUUUUCCCAGUUACCUUUUCCAUCUCUUUAUUUUCAAUCUUUCUGUAUUACUCUGUUUUACUGUCUCUUAUACAACAACCCACGGUUUGACUCUUUUUAAACUCAAUUCAAAAGUCACUGUCUUUUAGCAGCAAAUUUGAUAGUCAUAUUUAUUAUGGUUACUGAUAUAUUUGCACAUUUUCUACCAAUUUACCUUGUGCUUUCUAUUUUAUAUGCUGUUUUUGUGUUUUUCAUCCCUGAUCUUUGGUUAGCUGCUAGCAUUUUACUUGUUCCCAACUAAUUUUUCUUCUAACGACUUGAAAAGUAUAUGUUUAGUUCCUGUAUCUUUAUAUUUUUAUACACAUAGUUACGCAUAUUAUUAAUUGACAUCCAGAGCUAAUGGUAUAAAUAAAAUGAGGCUCCUAGCAUGCUUUUACUUCUCUCUCCUACCUCCUUUCCAGAAUUCAUAACUCUCCAUCCUGAGUUAUCUUAGAUUUUAGUUUAUUAUUAUAGGUUUAUUGUUAUAAUUUAUUUAGACUUAAAAGUAAACUUUACUGAUUCUGUUGCUCACCUGUGCUUCUUAUAUCCCUUUUUUUCUUCCUAGAUUUAUUUUCUCUUUGAAUAUAUUUUCUACACCAUGGUUUCUCAACCAGAGGUGAUACAGCACCCCCUCCAAAUGUGGGGCUGUUGUGUAUUGUCACAGGGAGGAGAAAUGCUACUGGCAUUUAAUGGAUGAUGGUCAAGGACACUAAGCAACCUGCAAUGUGUGGAUCAGUCUUACACAAUGAAGAAUUGUUCCACCCCGAAUGCCAGUGGUACCCUGUUGAGAAAGGUUACUCUAUGUGGACAGUGAAUUAUAAAGUUUUUGAAUCUGUUUGUGUGGCUUAAAAUGUCUUUAUGAUGUCCUCACAUUCACUUGCAGUUUGGCUGGUUAAAGAAUGUUAAAAGAACACUUCAAAUUAAACUUAAUGGAGUUUAACUGAGGAAGAAGAGAAAACAAUUCACAAGUCGGGGCAGCCUCCAGAACCACAGUAGAUUCAGAGAGACUUCAGGGAUGCCUCAUGAUCAGAACAAAUUUAUAGACAAAAAAAGGAAAGUGACACACAGAAAUUGGAAGUGAGGUAAAGAAACAGCUAGAUAGGUUACAGAUUGGCAUUUGACUUAUCUGAACACAGUUUGAACACUGAGCAGCGUAUGAAUGAUUGGAGUAUGGCUGCUGGGAUUGGCCAAGACUCAGCUACUGUUACAGAUGCAUACUCCUAAGCUAGGUUUUCAAUCUUGUCUAUUAAGUUAGGUUAUGGUUAGUCCACAAGUAUAGAGUCCUUCUCAGGCCAUAUUUAGUUCACUUUAAUAAGAAUCAUAAGUUCACAAGUAUUUUCACCAGAAAACUUUAAAGAUGUUAUUCUGUUUUCUUACUUACUAUGUUGCAAAUAUGAAGUCUGGUAUCAAUCUUAUUCUUAUUCCAUCCUGCAUAAUUUUUUCACUCUGAAAACAUUCAGAGUUUCCUCCUUAUCCUUAGCGUCCUGAAAUUUCAUCAUGAUUUACUUACAUGUCAGUCUUUUUACAUUCUUCCUGUAAAUAUUCACUGCUUCCUUUCAAUAUGAGUAUUUCCAAUUUCUAAGAAAUUGUCUUAAAUUUUUGCCUUGUUUUAGGCACUCUGCUUCCUUAAUUUUCUUCUCUCCUGUAAUUCACAUUAAGCAGAUAGUGGAACUUUUACAUCUGUCAUUCAUGUCUCAUAAUAUUUUGUUCAUUCUACCCAUCUAUUUAUUGUUUUGCACUGCAUUCUGGGAGAACUACUUAGCAUGAUAUUCUGGUUCACUGAUAAUACUCUUCAAUCCAUUUUGCUAUUCAACCCAUCUAUUGAGAUUUUUAUUUCAAGAAUAAUUUUUUUAAUUUCUAAAACCUCAGUGCAUUUUUUAUUUUUUUAAAAAAAUGAAUACAGUAGGCUCUGCCAUUUGUCCAAGGUAUACAAUGAUACUUAUUCCAUAGUCUGGUUCUAUUUGCUUUCUUUACUUCCUCAGGUGUAAGUUCUUUGGUUUGUUGUUUUUGAUGUUACUGUUUCAUGUGUUGGGUUUUCCAAAUAUCUGGUGAACUCUUGGCUAUGUUUUUAUUUUGAAGCUUAAAAUUUCUUGUCAGCCUAUCAGAAAGUGCUUUCUCUGUUCACCACAGUCUAACUCCAGGGAUAGAAUAUAAAUUUGUUUUCUGGACUUGGAGACCUCUGUUUCUCAACCUACCCACCCAGGACACAGUUUUGCAUUCAGACUUACUGCUGCCAUCUGUGGGGAGUCACUUAUGUAACUUACUAUUUAGCCAAAGCAGGGUGGAUGGGAGGGAGCUGGUCACCAUGCCUGAUGGCUUCUAUUGCACCACUCCAAAUCAAUGCCCUAUGUUCCCAACUUCUCGGCUCUAGGUAUGUACCACCCUUGGAAUGACACCCAUUAGUUACUGCCUUGGUGUGUUUGAGGCUGUUUUCACUUCUCUUUAAUCUCAUCUUUUGUAGUUUCUAAACCACUGGAGGCAUGCCUUCCUGAUUUUCUGUAUGGUUUUGGAACACAACACACACACACACACACACACACACACAUUUCUGUUAUUUCUAGAUAUUUAGGGGUGGGGCAAGGCUACUGUUAAGUGUCCCAUCUGCUAUCUUGACCCAAUCAUCCACAGAUCACUUUUAUGAGAAAAAAAUGAUAAUAGCUACUCCUGGGACCUGCCUCUGUUUCAAAACAGCUGUUUCUGCUGUGACUUGAUGCCUUCUGGCUGCUCCUCCUUUUCUUCCAACAAAAUUUACAGUAAAGCCAGGCCUGCCUUUGUGGGAAGGCAGCCAUAGUAGAAAGACUGACUUAGCAUAAAGGGCAUGACAGAGGGGACAGAGCAGAGGCUGUGGAGUCAGAUAGGCCAUCUGCUAGCUCUGUGACCCCGAGCAGUGGUUGCACUAGCAGGAAUAGUAGUGCUAAUCUAUUAAGUAACAAGCAUAUAUUAUCUGCUAUGUCCCAGGCAAUAUGCUAUAUGAACUGUAAUCCCUGAUGUAUCUUAGAGGUAGGAUUAUUAUUGUCCCUGUUGUACAAAUGAGAAAAGAGGCCAGAGGGGUAAGUCUCAACCUCAUCAUCUGUUAAACAGGAAUGAUAAGACCUACCACUCAGUUUCAUUAUGGCAAUUAGCGUUAACGUGACGCCAGGCAUGUGUUGCACACCAAAUACCUAUUUGCCGAAUAGGCAAAAGUGAUAUAAUAUAUGUAAAAUACCUGGCACAUACAUAGUAGGUAUUCAUUAAGUGGAAGCAUAUUACCAUUAUUAUCAUUAUCCUUAUUAUUAGCAUUCACUGAGAUAAUGACAUUCAAGGAUUUUAUGUUCUUGGUUUCAACUAUGUAAGAACGCCACCACCCCUCCCACCUUCAGAUCUAUGACAUGGACUGAUUUAUAACUUUGCUGAGGCAUGAAUUUGAACUACAGGUAGCAAGGCUGGUGAGUGGGAGUGGAAAUGUGCCCAGCAUCUGUCUUCCAAAAUGGGUUUAUGUUUUUAAUAUAUGACACCAGUUAACCUUCACCACUACCCCAAAAGGCAAAUAUCAUUAUUCCAGUUUUAUAGGAUGAUAAACCUGAAGAAAUUGCAAGCUAUGGUCACAGGGCAAUGGUUUAGGACUCCAGGCUAAGCAGUUGGAUGGAUGGACAUGGUUCUUUGUGACUCCAGAAACGAACUCUCUGGGACUCAGUUUCUUUUUCUGUAAAAUAGACCUUACAGUGACUCUUUUUUCAACUCAGUUGGAAUUCUACUCAUCACUCAUGCUUCAAUGCCUAGUACAAAUGCAUUGUGCCACUUCUAAGGAUUAGAACCAUUCAGGCUGAACUGUCCCCACAUGUCCCCACAUUCCGCCACUUCCUCCGGCCCCUCAUUCACCAAAAGCAUCACAUGUUGCUAAGAAUCAGCUGAUUGUACAUGCAUCUGCUCCCACAACCAAACGGAAAGCAACUUAAGAGAAGCACUUGAGGUGGCAAUGAGAUGAGUCCCCCAAAUUUUAGAAAUGAGGCUGACCUCUGAUAAUUAAACACUUUUUAAAAACUGGACAGAAACAGAGAAAUAUGUCCCCUGUUCCAGUUAUUAAGCUGCUGGCUCUCCGCUCCAAACCUACCUUUCCAUAACCUGCUCUGUGGUGCUGGAGCUGGAAUUCUGAAAAACUGCACUUCUGGUUCACCAGCAGCUCUCUUAGUCUCUGCUAAUGGGGGUGCUCAAGGGAGCUACAAGUCUAGAAGAGGAAAAGGCUUUGCUCUUUCCUAUUUGCUUUUUGUGGAAUUGUUUUGAGCAUCACUUAUUCACCUUGGCAACAGCGGUGCAGUGUCUUCUUGUAACACCAGCUGAGUCCAGUUUGCAAGUUUCUUCAAAACUUGCAGACCAGAUUCUAAGUCUUAAUAAUUCCAAUGUCUUUUCUUUGUUUCUUUCAGCCCUAGAGGUGGUAGAUGCUUUCUGCAGUCACUACCCCCGUGAGACCUUAGAGUUCUUUUGAUCCUUUCCAGAGACCUACUUAACAACUUUAUACCCAGUUAACAAUUCUUUAUAUUGACUUAUGUCUGUUCAAAUAACUGGUGUGGUUUCUCUCUCAUGACUCAACCCCGAUUGACACAUUCCCUUGAAGGGGCAGAACAUCCCCUGAAACAAGAUGCAACCGUACACCUAACUAAAGACAUAAAAUCUUCAAAGAAAGAUAAUGUCCUUCAGAAAAGGGUUUGUCGGCCAUAGAUGCCUGGCCCAGGGAGGGUCAGAAUAAACCCCAGGAUGACAUCUUCAGCAGUGACAAGAGAACAGACCACCACCAUCGAUAACCUGGAUGACUGUAAAGACCCCUGCUACAGACUGAAUAGCUGCUUCAUGUGCCCCCUACCCUCCACCCCACCGCCCAUUCAUAUGUUGAAAACUAAUCCCCAAUGCGAUUGUAUUUAGAGUGGGCCUUUUAGGAGGUGAUUAGGUCAUGAGUGUGGAACCUUCAUGAAUGGGAUUGGUGCCCUUAUAAAAGAGAAUUCAGAGAGCUCCUUUCCCCUUCUGCCAUAUGAAGACACAGUUGAGAAGAUGGCCAUCUGUGAACCAAUAAGGCAUCCCUCAUUAGACAUCAAAUCUGAUGACACUUUGAUCUUGGACUUCCUAGCCCCUAGAACUGUAAGAAAUAAAUAGUUGUGGUUUAUAAGCCACCCAGCCUAUGGUAUUUUGUUGUAGCAGCCUGAUCAGCCUAAGGCAACCUCUACUGGAGGAUAAAACCACCCCUUAGUGUCUGCAACCAGCUGCAUUUCUUGCUUCUUUAAGCACAAGAGCCCUUUGAUGGUCAGGUAUAGUCUGGAUGAGCAAAACAAACUGUUAAUCUUACAUAGGUUUGGGGAAUAAUUUGUUUGGGGAUGAGGUUGGUUUCCAAGCAGAGAGAGGGGUGACACCAGCCUGAGAAACAUACUCACUGCAGUGAAUCUGGGGCAGCUUGGCUGAUUCUCAAAGCACAGACUAUCACUGAUUGGCUGGUUUCAGAUGCAGAUUCAGUGAGAUGAGUUGCCAUUAACCUAUUAGGUUUAAGACCAGUUCUGGUGGUUACUUAUUACUAAGGCCAUAGAACAAUCAGUCUUUUCCUAUGAGGGUGGGGGCUUUUUAAUAUUCACAUCCCACUUGGACUUCUUGCUUCCAUCUUUGUAUUCUACAAGCUAGUCUCAACACAAUCUGGUCACAGCAACCAACUAGAUAUUUUUCAAAACUUAAAUCAGAUUUUGUCAUUCCCCUGUUUGCAACCUUCCAAUGGAUUCCUAUCUUACAUAGAAUAAAACUAGCCCGCCAACAAGGCCCUUAGUAGUAGCUGCCUUCUCCUUAACCCUUCUCUUUUCUUCUCUCUGCUUUUGUAAUCCAACCACCCAGUUGAAGUCAUGAUUUUUUUUUUUUUUUUGCUGUUCCUUCUACCCAGAACACCCCACCUUUCACUUCUUACCUGGAAAACUCCUAUUCAUCCACCAAGUCUCAAUAGAAUCAUCACCUCCACAGGGAGGACCUCCAUGACUACGCUCUCCUCCUGCUUUGAUUGCUGGAAUGUGGGGAGGCAUAGGUUGGUAUCUUGCGCUGCACCUCACCAGCUGUAAGAUCUCGGACCCUCUCUGAGCCUCAGUUUCAUCAUCUGCAGCGAAGGGAUCACGGUGCUCCCUCCAUCACAGGGCUGCUGUGAGCAUGAAGAGAGACAGCAGGAGUGAGUCCUUGGCGCGGUGCCCGGCCUUGUUCCGAUCCGCAGGUGCAGUGACGAAUGCCACCUCCCACGGAUCCCUUCCAACAGCACAGCUGAGUUGUACCCUUCUGCCUCUGCUCAGCGCCCACGGUCAGCCCUGGGUGCCGGUAUAAUUAGCUCCAACUCGGUGGUGAGCAGCGCGGCUGCUCACAGCCUCUGACACGACUGUCACUUCCCACUCAGUUCCCCAAACCACAGCUAUCUCCACUGUUGAGUGUGCGGUAAGUGCCCGCUGGGCACAGGGCGGAGUGCUACCAGAGGCCCGCUUAGAGCUCACAACCUAUGAUUUGACACAGGGAACAAAAGCCUUUUCCUUCACUCUAGGACUGCAUACCAAAAAGAAAAAAAAAAGUUUGGGGGAAAAAGAAAGCUGCCUCUUGGGUUUGCUGGGAAAUUACGUUCCUUCAGACCCUGCAGCCCGCGAGGGAAAGGCGUCCUGUUUCUUUAAGAGGCCUCCACUAGGGGGGCGGGGACGGCCGGCGUUUUUCCCCUCUACCGGCAGCUGUGCCCGCCCCUUCUUGAGUGACAGACAAGCAACCUAAUUGAAGAAAGAGAGUUCAGCGUGACGGCGAGUCGGAGCAAUAGAAGCCGGGCCCGGCCUGUGCGGGGCGGGGUCCCAAGAAGGCGGGGCGGGCGGAGGCUGGAGGAGCCGCCGAGCGGAGACCCGGGAGCGGGAGCUGGGCCUAGGUCGGCGCCCUGGCAGCCGUGUCUGUGUUUUUGUCUCGCAGAAUUAGAGCCCAUUGGGAAAGAUGCCACCACCGUCAGACAUUGUCAAAGUGGCCAUUGAGUGGCCAGGUGCUAACGCCCAGCUCCUUGAAAUCGACCAGAAACGGCCACUGGCAUCCAUUAUCAAGGAAGUUUGUGAUGGGUGGUCGUUGCCAAACCCAGAGUAUUAUACCCUCCGUUACGCAGAUGGUCCUCAGCUGUACAUCACUGAACAGACUCGCAGUGACAUUAAGAAUGGGACAAUCUUACAACUGGCUAUCUCCCCGUCCCGGGCUGCACGCCAGCUGAUGGAGAGGACCCAGUCAUCCAACAUGGAGACCCGGCUGGAUGCUAUGAAGGAGCUGGCCAAGCUCUCUGCCGACGUGACUUUCGCUACUGAGUUCAUCAACAUGGAUGGCAUCAUUGUGCUGACAAGGCUCGUGGAAAGUGGAACCAAGCUCUUGUCCCACUACAGUGAGAUGCUGGCAUUCACCCUGACUGCCUUCCUAGAGCUCAUGGACCAUGGCAUUGUCUCCUGGGACAUGGUUUCAAUCACCUUUAUUAAGCAGAUUGCAGGGUAUGUGAGCCAGCCCAUGGUGGACGUGUCAAUCCUUCAGAGGUCCCUGGCCAUCCUGGAGAGCAUGGUCUUGAACAGCCAGAGUCUGUACCAGAAGAUAGCCGAGGAAAUCACCGUGGGACAGCUCAUCUCACACCUCCAGGUGUCCAACCAGGAGAUUCAGACCUACGCCAUUGCACUGAUUAAUGCACUUUUUCUGAAGGCUCCUGAGGACAAACGACAGGACAAGCACCUUAAUCCUCUAGACCUGCCUGUCACUGAUAUGGCCAAUGCAUUUGCACAGAAGCAUCUCCGGUCUAUAAUCCUGAAUCAUGUGAUCCGAGGGAACCGCCCCAUCAAAACUGAGAUGGCCCAUCAGCUGUAUGUCCUUCAAGUCCUAACCUUUAACCUUCUGGAAGAAAGGAUGAUGACCAAGAUGGACCCCAAUGACCAGGCUCAAAGAGACAUCAUAUUUGAACUGAGGAGGAUUGCAUUUGACGCAGAGUCUGAUCCUAGCAAUGCCCCUGGGAGUGGGACCGAAAAACGCAAAGCCAUGUACACAAAGGACUACAAAAUGCUGGGAUUUACCAACCACAUCAAUCCGGCCAUGGACUUUACCCAGACUCCUCCUGGAAUGCUGGCCUUAGACAACAUGCUGUACUUGGCUAAAGUCCACCAGGACACCUACAUCCGGAUUGUCUUGGAGAACAGUAGCCGGGAAGACAAACAUGAAUGCCCCUUUGGCCGCAGUGCCAUUGAGCUCACCAAAAUGCUCUGUGAAAUCCUGCAGGUUGGGGAACUACCAAAUGAAGGACGCAAUGACUACCACCCGAUGUUCUUUACCCAUGACCGAGCCUUUGAAGAGCUCUUUGGAAUCUGCAUCCAGCUGUUGAACAAGACCUGGAAGGAGAUGAGGGCAACAGCAGAGGACUUCAACAAGGUUAUGCAAGUCGUCCGAGAGCAAAUCACUCGAGCUUUGCCCUCCAAACCCAACUCUUUGGAUCAGUUCAAGAGCAAACUGCGUAGCCUGAGUUACUCUGAGAUUCUACGACUGCGCCAGUCUGAGAGGAUGAGUCAGGAUGACUUCCAGUCCCCGCCAAUUGUGGAGCUGAGGGAGAAGAUCCAGCCCGAGAUCCUUGAGCUGAUCAAGCAGCAGCGCCUAAACCGGCUCUGUGAGGGCAGCAGCUUCCGAAAGAUUGGGAACCGCCGAAGGCAAGAACGGUUCUGGUACUGCCGGUUGGCACUGAACCACAAGGUCCUUCACUAUGGUGACUUGGAUGACAACCCACAAGGGGAGGUGACAUUCGAAUCCCUGCAGGAGAAAAUUCCUGUUGCAGACAUUAAGGCCAUUGUCACUGGGAAAGAUUGUCCCCACAUGAAAGAGAAAAGUGCUCUGAAACAGAACAAGGAGGUGUUGGAAUUGGCCUUCUCCAUCCUGUAUGACCCUGAUGAGACCUUAAACUUCAUCGCACCUAAUAAAUAUGAGUACUGCAUCUGGAUUGAUGGCCUCAGUGCCCUUCUGGGGAAGGACAUGUCCAGCGAGCUGACCAAGAGUGACCUGGACACCCUGCUGAGCAUGGAGAUGAAGCUGCGGCUCCUGGACCUGGAGAACAUCCAGAUUCCCGAAGCCCCACCCCCCAUCCCCAAGGAGCCCAGCAGCUAUGACUUUGUCUAUCACUAUGGCUGAGCCUGGAGCCAGAAACGAUGGUACCCAGGAGAAGGGAUUUUGGGCCCAGGAGAAACACUUACAGUCUGGUGCCUUGUCUUUUGCUUGUACAGAAUCUGUAGUGAUUUUGGUGGCCAGUAAAUGCCAGCCAUUUCUCAAACCCACCUCAGACCACCCAGAGUUUCCUCUUGGUCCCUGUCUACUAAGAGUUAUGAAGGCAGGGUGCUCUGCCCGCUUCAUCACCAUGAAGCCUGGGAUUGGGCCACGAGGAACAAACAGUAGAUGCCCUUGCCUUCCAGUCCAAGAAACUGCUUCUUGAAAUGGAUUUAACAACAGCCACUCACCGUUUCCUCCUGAGCCUGCUCUCUGAUCAGCUGGAUCCCCACGUGAGCACGAGCUGGCCCAGUAAAGACUGCCUGCAGAGGACAGGUGUGCUGGGCGUGUUGAGAGCCUUGGAGUGACUACCUGUAUCUCAGGAUCUGAGUACAAGCCUGAGGCCUUUGCUUUUGUCUUUUUUGAUGAGGGCUCACUCCAGCUUCAUAUGGUGCCAAGAUGUUGCUGCUUCUGAAGUUGGCUCUAACAUCUCUGGUCUUUAGAGCCACCAGAUCUCUCUGGCCCAUACAGAUAUCAGAGCAGACAGAAAUUUCUCCCUGCAAGCGCUCAGUCUCAUCCUGGCAAGUCAAAGACCUCCUGGCCAAAUCCUGCCCUCUUAAGUCUCCAGGAACGCUGCAGGGAAAACCCAGCUGAGGCCUGGGCCUAGACUAUGGUGACGUCACUAGAUUCUACCCCUCUCCCCCCUACCCCCCACCAUUAAUACCUUUUCCUUCCUCAGAGAGAAAUCUCCCCUAACCUGAAUUGCAGCCCCUUCCAGUUUGCUUUCCUUUGGCCUUCCAGACCCCAGGAAGUUUGCCUUCCCUUCCUAGCGCUAUGGUUUCUGCCACUGGCCAUGAUUUCAGGGAGCUGGCUGAGGCCGGCUGAGGCCACACCUGUGCCAGUGGGGCUUCCCUGGUGCUGCAGCACUUGUAAACCACACACAGCCUCUCUCCCUGGACAUAUGUUAGCACAUUGGCAUUUGGUAUUGGUGGCCUGGCAUGGUAGGUACUACCCAAUGAAGAGUGUACUAUAUAUUUUCAUUACUAUAGGCCAUACUUAUACAGACGUGUAUAUAUAUUUAUAUAAGAUCUACCUAUCUUAGGAUGGAACCUUGGGGAAAAAUGAAAUUGAGGGGAAGUAAAAAGUAUGUAACACUUCCAGAUGUGAGCCAAGAUUGUAACCAGAGAGCAGCUAGGAGCUUCCUGUCAGUAACCAUGUUUUCAAUAAAUACUCUUUCAUGUACAA